AUGGCCACGCUCGUCUCCACAGGAUCUCCGACUGGCAAGAUGAGUCGUAGAUCAACCCCAACCAUCAAGGUGAGAGAGGAAAGUGACGAUGGAUCUGUUGCGGUGGCAAACACGCUCACGACCGCGACCAAUUCUCACUCUGCAACCUCCAACCGUCCUUCCUACACUAUCUUGCAUAGCGACAAGCUCAGCAACGUCCAGCCUGCAAAACAGAAGGACAAGACAACUCCCAAACCUUCUGAGCAUAGCGUGAUGGGUGGCGGUGGAAUGGAGGACAUUCUUUCACGCCUCAAGCUCAAUGAUUCUCGUAAACCUGCUCCUGCCCCAGCUGGUGAGGUCAAGUCGCGCAAGCCUGAUGAAUUUGGGAACCUUGACAAGCUUCUGAACAAUCUCCAAGAUUCAAGCAAAGCUCUCAAGAAGCAAGAGCAGGAACUCCGAAGCGAAAUGCAGUCCGAUAAUCACAAAGGCCACACCUCAAGCGAAGACAGCCUUGAUACUGCAAAACCUGUCCACCACACAACAACUGCGAAUAAAGUAGAUGUGGCUGAAAUGAUGCGUGUCAAACAGGAGCUCGAGGCCGCCAAAUCUGUCAUUUCACGUCAGGAACAGGAGCUGGCUGAGACCCGCACGCUCAAACAAACCAUCGACCAAGCCAUGGGUCCCCCAUCCGAAGCCGACUUUGGGCCUUCCAACGAUAUCUCCGAACAAACCAUCGGUCAUCUGCAAAGUGCUUUUAAUGCCUCUGCCCGUCCAUUUACUUCGCAGACCGACACUUGGGCCAGCAACGACGAACACCGCAAUAAUUUCGUCCGUGGCAGAGGUAUCUGGAACAAUCCUUCGACGUCGAUGACAAAUCUCCUGGCUACCAACCCGACUGCUCCAGCAUAUGACCAUCCCCGUGAUGCACGUCUCUCAGGUCAGGCCUACAAUGGAGUCUAUGGAGCGCCCUUUUCCCCGGCCGAGGCCAAUUUUCAGCCUCGCAACUUCUCGGGCGCUGGAGGUCCAAUGGGAUACGACAUGAGGUCCAACAAUGACAUUAUGCCAAUCAACCCUACCCUCGGCAUGAGACGCAAUGGUGGACAGUUGAGAAUCAACCCAGGCCUUGCUGAUCCAAUGUCACAGAUUGGCAGCUUUCCGCCUGCAUCUACCACAUUGACACCACCACCAAUCAGUCCCGUCGGUUUUCCAGGCCAAUACAAUUAUCAACGAGGGCUCACAACCCCAAUUACUCCUGCCACAGACUUCAACACCACUGGCGUGCAAAAUGCUGGAAAUCCAUGGCCGCUCUCGGCUGGUGGGGCGAAUGGCCAAACCUAUGUUACGCCCCUCGAGCCGAUGAACUAUCGCCGCCUCCUCGACAAGUCCGUUUCCUGUGAUUGGAAGUACAUUGUUGACAAGAUUGUCUGCAACAAUGACCAGCAGGCUAGUAUCUUCCUCCAGCAGAAGCUCAAGGUUGGUACGGCUGAACAAAAGUUUGAGAUUGUUGAAGCCAUUGUCAAUCAAGCUUAUCCACUCAUGAUCAACCGAUUUGGCAACUUCCUUGUCCAGCGAUGCUUUGAGCACGGGACUCCCGACCAAGUUGUUGCCAUUGCCGAUGCUAUUCACGGUAAUGUCCUUUCUUUGAGUAUGGAUCCAUUCGGCUGCCAUGUCAUUCAGAAAGCCUUUGAUUCGGUCCCAGAAGACCACAAGGCUGACAUGGUCCGAGAGUUGCUUCGCCGCAUUCCGGAUACGGUUAUUCACCGCUAUGCUUGUCAUGUAUGGCAGAAGCUCUUCGAGCUCAGAUGGAGUGGAGAGCCACCACAGAUCAUGCUGGAGGUCAACAAGGCUCUUCGCGGCAUGUGGCAUGAAGUUGCAUUGGGUGAAACAGGGAGCUUGGUGGUUCAGAACAUUUUUGAGAAUUGCAUUGAGGAAGAGAAGAGACCAGCCAUUGAAGAAGUGAUUGCCAAUAUCGACCUCAUCGCCCACGGUCAAUUCGGCAAUUGGUGCAUUCAACACUUGUGCGAGCAUGGCUCCCCACCCGACAAGCGCCGUGUCAUUGACCACAUCCUUGCCAACUCGUACAGUUACAGCAUCGAUCAGUUCGCGUCCAAAGUCGUUGAGAAAUGUCUCAAGAUCGGAGGUCCUGAAUUCUUAGACCGCUAUCUUGGAGUCAUCACGACCGCUCACCCGGAUCGUCCACGCAUUCCACUUAUCGACAUUGCUGGCGACCAAUAUGGCAACUACCUGAUUCAAUGGAUCUUGAUGAACACUCACCAUCAUCAGCGAGAACAAGUGGCCAUCCAUAUUCGAAAGCACAUGGUCUCUCUGCGUGGUUCCAAAUUUGGAUCUCGUGUUGCCAUGCUCUGCUGCAACCCCAACUCGGUCACUCGUCCUGGUCCGGGAGCAGUUGUCAACCCUUUCGGGGCUCCUGGUCAACCACGCAACCAAUGGCCUCGCUUUCGUUGA